CCUUCGCCGCCUACAGUGAAGCGAGGACCGUGCGGGGCGAGCGGGCCGGCGCUCCAGCCUCGGCUGCGGCGAGUUACAGCGUUUCCAAUCUGUCCGCGUCCGCCGCCUGAGCCGGAGCCGGGAUGUUCAGGAUGCUGAGCAGCGGUUUUGAGGAUGAUCCCUUCUUCUCCUGCUCUCAACUUGGCCGGACCUCUUGCGCCCGCUUUGCUUCCCGCCUUCGGAGUGACGCCUUCGCAGCUGCAAGGACUUUGCAGGUGACGGUAACUGCCACCUCGGUGAAACUUCUGUGAUUCUUUUAAUGCUCACCGAGAAAGUAUGCGCCAGAUGAUGAGAAGUUUUUCUGAACCUUUUGGAAGAGACUUGCUUAGCAUCUCUGAUGGCAGAAGAAGAGCUCAUGGUCGUACAGGACGUGAUGAUGGGGAAAAUCACUUGACCGCAAGGAGUUCUCUUGUGCCUUUUGGCAGUUUUGGUGGUAUGCGUACAGAUGUCAACCCUUUUCAGGCCAUGGACCGAAUGAUGUUAAAUAUGCGAAACAGUGUGCAGGAAUUACAAAGAAACUUUGAUCACCUUUCAAUGGAUCCAAAUGGACAUUCGUUUACUUCUUCCUCAGUUAUGACUUAUUCCAAAGUAGGAGACGAACCACCCAAGGUUUUCCAGGCCUCAACUCAAACCCGUCGGGCUCCAGGAGGAAUAAAGGAAACUAGGAAGGCAUUGAGAGACUCUGACAGUGGAGUAGAAAAAAUGGCCAUUGGCCAUCAUCUCCAUGACCGAGCUCAUGUCAUUAAGAAAUCAAAGAACAACAAGACCGGAGAUGAAGAGGUCAACCAGGAGUUCAUCAAUAUGAAUGAAAGUGAUGCCCAUGCCUUUGACGAUGAGUGGCAAAAUGAGGUUUUAAAGUACAAACCGGGGGGACGGUGGCGCAAUCUGGAAAACACCAGGGUGCGGAGCGCUGGGCAUGAGGAUUCAGGAUUCCGAGAACUUAAAAGAAGGGAGAAACCUCAUCAAAGUCCAGCCAUUGAAUAUGGAAGAAGAGCAAAUGCUUUUGUGGACAAACUCAACAUCAAAGGCUCACCUGUGAAAAUCAACAAAAAAUAAAUAGCCUUGCAUUUGAAGUGUUUAGUUGGGUUGUUUUAACAGAGAAAAUAAUGGUGCUGGGUAAUACACAUAAGACCAAUCUCUUGUCGUUAAAUCAAUACUGUACUUUGCAAUUUUCUUCUGAUAUCUCAGUGUAAUGGAAGUGCUAGCUUUAUAAUUGUCCCUACUGGAAGAAUAAAACUUUGAUUUUCAACAACA